UCUGCUGCCUUCUCUCACCGGUGUAGUAACAGGGGGAUGGAGUAGCGUUAACGCAAGGAAGGCAUGGAUCCUACAGAGGAAAAACCUAGCCAAACAGUGGACAUUUAUCGUGAUACAUGGGUCCGCUUCCUGGGCUACGCCAACGAGGUGGGGGAGGCUUUUCGCGCACUGGUGCCGGUGAGUUUUGUGUGGGGGAGCUAUGCCGUGGCCACCGCAUAUGUCACCGCUGAUGCUGUGGACAAAGGGAAGAAGGCAGCCGUGGCCCAUGGGGACAACCCGGGGAAGACAACACGGGUAGCGGUGGCGGUGGUGGACACGUUCGUGUGGCAGGCCCUCGCCUCUGUGAUUAUACCGGGCUUCACCAUUAACCGUGUGUGUGCUGCGUCACUAUACCUGCUGGGAAAAAGCACCAAGUGGCCCCUGCCUGUCCGAAAGUGGACCACCACAGCAAUAGGCCUCUCUACAAUCCCCUUCAUCAUCACUCCUAUCGACAGGUCAGUAGAUUUCCUGCUGGAUUCGAGCCUUCGGAAGAUCUACAGCGACGAGGAGAAGCACAAAUAAAAAGGGAUCAUGAGGGAGAAAUUGUUCCCUCUGUGUCAGAGACCAGUCCAGUCUAAGUAGACCUGUGCUGAUUGUUCAACACUGUGAAGCACUACAGAUGUGUGAAGAAGGAUUUCAUGGAGCCUAAUUCUACUGCUCAUCAAAGUUAAAGACAUAAAAUUGAUUUCAGAACAAAAUUUUACAAUUUUAGAAGCAAGUUAAAGCUCCUCUGAAGUGUUUUUAGCUGCUAAUGAAACGGACUCAAGCUAAUACUGAUGUCUGUUUGGGAGCUACAAUAAUUAAAAAAAAAACACCAGCGAAAAGAUCAAUAAUUUCUAUACGGUUAGUUUUUAAUGUCUCAACCCAAAGUGACGGGGUAGGUGUCUGCUAAAAAGAUUUAUUGCACAGCCUUAUUUUACAUUUAACAAGGCUAGGACUCACUUUAGGUGAUACAUUUUACUGUUUAAAAAUACAGCUUGUACAUGGACAUGAAUAGUGGGAAGUACCACAAGGUACCACUUUGUCCACACGGGGGCGCCAAAAUCAACACAGAAUUCCUCACAGGAGCUUUCAGGUGGUAGAAGUGAAAUCCUUCUUCUUUGAGAAUCCUUGACUAAAACUCAACAGGGCAAGCUGGAUAGUGACACGAGGAGUUUUAAACGGGAAUUUAAGAAAAACGCACAUUAAUGUUCUACUUUAUAGUGAAAUCCUGCUUGUUUGUAUUCUUUGGCAGCGAUAUAAUGUGCAGUUGUAUUCAUGUGAUGCUCCGUACAGGAGAUAAAUAUGGAUCCACUCCUUAGUGCUUAUCAGCCAUAUGGUGCUGUAAUAACAGGACUAAAAGUCAUCACUUCCUUGUUAUCUAUUUCUCUCUUAAAAAUAAUUCAGCUGUUAUUUUCCUAAACAAAGACGUCUGUUACUUGGAGCCAGCAGUUCCAAGAGAUGCACUUUUCAGUUUUAUUCUACCUUACCAUGAGCCAAGGUUUGCACUGGGAGCAUCUUUAACACUACUGUUACAAUCAGUUUACAGUUAUUAAAUACUUGUGCAGCAAACCUCACGAGUAUUAAAUAAGGAGAGUUUUGUUUUUCAUCCUCAUUAAGGUGUUUUGUUUGGCUCCAUGCUGAGUAGAUUACAGUGUAAAAAUAAAGUGUGGAAAAUGUAGCUUAAUUACUUUAAACCUAAUACAUAAAAGCAAGCUUUAAAUUUUGCUAAUGCAGUUAAAACACUUUUCUCCCCUUGGUGCAGAAGAUUAGAUACCAUUUAUUUUUCACAGAAAAGUUGAGAUCAUUGUGAUACCUAUGCAGAAAAGGGAUUAUUUUAGAAAUAUUCAAAUACUGUAUGCUUUUGAAGAGCCAUAAUAUAUUAACUGUGUCUAAUCCUGAGCUAUGCAAGGGAAACAAAUUGUCGUGUAAAUACAAGAGUUUAAGGGAUAUAUAACUGACUUUAAAGAUCAGGUUUGUUACAUAGUGUUAAAAUAUUGUGACGUCAUAAGGGAAAUCAAAGUGUCAGAGCUGUCACAUUUCCACCAAAUGGUCCAGUUUGAUUGAUUAUGAUUUGGUACGGUAAACCCCAAAAUAGUUGGCAUUUCCACAGACACUCAUACCCUGAUUAGGUGGGUGGACUUUAGAGGGUGUGCAUGUGACAUCAUAGGCAGCAUAAGUAUGCAGUUCCAGACGCUUAGUUGAAGAAAGUUUGUGAUGGCUGAAAAGUGCUGUGUUUUAGUAACUACAUGUUGACUUUGUUAACUGCGGUCAGUAUGCAUCCUCAGCUGAUGGAAUAUGUUUAUAGAGUGGUAAUGGUACAUUAAUAAAAACACAGGAUGAAGCUGUGCUAUAGCAUUAAGUUAGUGAUUAAUAUGAUCUUAACUCUAUACUCCUUCCUCCUACCUAAAUCAGGGGUGUCCAAACUAUGCCUCGGGGGCCAAAUGCGGCCCGUUAUCUUGAUUUAUAAUGCUCUAAUUAAUUAUCCCACUAAGUAGCAAUACCAAUAGUGUUAUGGGUGAGUCACCAGGGCUAACCAGGACCCCCUGAAAUCUGACUGGCCUCCCAAAAAUCCUUAAAUUGAUUGGCUAUUGCCUUUUCAACCUCUAACUAGCUAUGUGAGCACACUCAAUCACUAAGAAUAUCUUAAUCUACUUUCGACUGGUUUAUAACUUCAGUAUCCUAAAGGUGCAGUAUUUGAAAGUGGCCCAACCAUUCUUAUAUAUUUCAAUAUGUGGCCCUCAGUAGAAAAAGUUUGAACACCCCUGCCUUAAAUGAAAAUUGAGACCCUAAAUUUCAGCGUGUCAACCAUACAAUAAAAUAAUACCUUAGGUGACAGGCACUUAAUGGCAACAAAUUAUGUUUUAUAGGUGCAAAUGUUGUCCUGCGAUGCCAGACUAACACGGUGGGUUUUAUGGGGAAAGACUAAAAAAUUGUUGAGUCCAUAUGGACUGAGUUAGUCUGUAUUAAUUACAGAUUAAAUGAAGUAGCAUUCAUGAUUUAUAUUUGGUUAUUUAUCUGAAUGUAUCUGACGCUUUAACAGUUUAUAUGACAUAAUAUAAAUGUUGAGAGCUGUACCGUGAGAAUUUGUCACAUUAAAAAUAAAGGUCUCUCUGGUGUUAGAAUAAAACUAAUUAAGUAAGAAAUUCUGGGUAUAUAUGUCUUGUUCUAAAAUAGGCUAUAGCCCAAAGUUUUGCAAAUAGGAUCAGCAGCUACAGAGCAAUCUUUUCACAGGCUACAUAAAGUAAAAAAGACUACUAUUUAGAGAAUCAUCUGAUCCAAAGCUUUGUAUUCACACAAUUCAGUUUCACAUCCAUUACGAACCAGCCUUCAGGCUGUACUUCCUGUACUUGAAAUCAGGUCCACAUAAACGGCAGGUAACCCGGUUUGUGGCCACAUAUAAAUGCCCACGGUCCAUGAAUCUCUGUCGAAUCCAAAAAGCCUCAAUUUAAGUGGGGAUCAGAUUCCUGUUUAUACCCUUUAUUGUGUGUAGCUCCACCCUUUUGGGAUGGAUAGGUAAGCCUGGCACCCCUAUGGAAGGGUGUUAGAGAGUGGGACUGCAUGGGGUCAGUUGUUUUUCAACUUUUGAUGAUGCUGUACCAAACUGAACUUGACUACUCAAUGGAAACAACCUAAGGGGAACAUAAUGCUUUGGGAAUGAUGGUUAUCAUUGCCAAAUAAUGUAUCUGUAUACUCACAUGUACCAUUUUAACAAUAACUUUAUAUGUAUUUGUGUCACACUUUUUUCUCUUUGCUGUGAAGGACAUGAUUCAUUAUGUCAUGUUGAAAGAAAAGUGAGAGGUGCACCAAUGACUUGGAUUUACUCAGGAUGCUGAACACUGAUUCAAGUAUUGACUAUAUAUUAAUAUGGGCAAUGCCUUUGGGCUUCCUUGUGUUGUACAGAAUGAAGCCAAAAUACCCCUAUGAUGGAUGCUGAUAUAUCACAUUGCUGACAUCACUCUUUCUGCAGCAUGUAUUUCACUGAUGACUGUAUCUUCAUAACUUUUUCUCCCAUCCUUCCUCCUCUAUUCUGAUAAUCAAACUGCUGCAAGGAACUGCGUUUGUCAACAAAGGUGACAAUAUGUCACAUCUUUUUAUCUCUGACAUUUAUUUUGAAUUUAAAAUUUGGCCCAUGUCCAGUCUGUAAACAUGGAGUAGAUGGGGUUUGUGACCUAUACUGCAGCCAGUCAGCAGGGGGAGCUCUUCACUGUCAGAUGCUGUCCAUCUUGCUACACAGUCUGUGGAGUCAACUUGUUCAGCAGCCUGGCCACUUUGAUAGUUCAAGACUUUAGUAUUUUAAAUGAAAAUAUACUAAAUCAAAAUAUCUCUGAUAUUUAUGGAACUGUUUUCACACAAGCACAAAGCUCUCACCUUGGGAACAAACUUUUUUCAUGUCAAAUUCUUUGUUUUAUGCAAAUCUGUAACAAAGGUGCCAAAUGGUAUCAUCCCAGUCAACCAAUGGCAGCCAGGUAUUUAUCGUGCAGAGAAACACAACCUAGAUCUUUGACUUAAAUAUGAAACACCCACUAAUAAUGCUACACAUUCAACCUUCUGCUGUGACUUGUCAAACUAAGGAAUGAGGAAAGGAACUAAAGGGAUAUAUGUUCAUAGCCAGUUUUAACAUUUCAUACCAUACCAGAAACUUUGUUGUAUUUUUAUUGUUCAAAGGAAUGCAAAAGAAAUGACUAGUUUACCUUUUUGAAUAUUUUUGGCAGAUUGUUUUGUUCCAGCAUGUUCAGAUGUGGCUUUUAAGAGUCACAUUUUCAGCCUUAAUCAGGAAAGAAUAUUUUGUUUACUGUUGUUCAAAAGGGGAUUAAUAUUUUUUCAAAUGUGAAAUCACUGUUAGAAGCUGAAGCUUUGUUUGUUACAGCAGACACCGUGACUUCAGCACUUCUCAUUUUCUGUAGUAACAAAGAACACUGGAGAAAAAAACAACCUUGUAAAUCUAGCAAAAUAAAUGA